AGCUGUUGAGGAAAUGGCGGCCGCAGCGAUGGCAGGGUUCGUGGCGGAUCCUCCGCACCUUACGGAGGCCAAAAAACUGGAAUAUUUCUCCUCCAUUAACUCAAUGGCUCGUAAGAUCAUGGAGGAGAGGGAGAACAUAAAAGAGGGAUACGGUUCUGAAUGGGAUCAGAUGACUCCAGCCGAACAGGACACAGCAAUUGAUAACGGCAUGAUGGAUCCGCGGAUCCGGGCUCGGUACGCCAUGCACCGGGUGGACCGAGAGGAGGUGAUCUGUUACCCGAAACUGCUCAUCCAGACCGGACAGAAGAUCGUACACUUCGGAGAAGAGGACUUAACUUGGCAAGAUGAGCACUCAGCCCCCUUCUCUUGGGAGACUAAGAGUCAGAUAGAAUUCAGCCUGGUCUCUGAAGCCACAGAACCAGUCGUUCCCUCUGUAGUCAACGAAUCUAAAACUAAAACCCCUCAAAGUAACAAGCUGCCCAGCACUGACGAAUCCUCAUUUUGGAAGAUCAGCGCUGAGCGCUCCAGACUGGAGGGUGAGAAGGCAGAAUUUCAGUCUCUGACGCCGAGCCAGAUCAAGUCUAUGGAGAAGGGGGAGAAGCCGUUGCCCUCGUACCUCAAGCCAGAGUUGGUGUCAAGGGAGCCGAAGGAAGCCCCCGCCUCAAAACCUGUUAAACAGAGGACCACCAGACCACCCGCUCCACCUCCCCCAGUCCCCAUCAGCGUGACUCCUGCGGCCAUGAGUGUCAACCCAACGCCUCCGGCUCCGGUGUCUACGUCACAGGAAGGGUGGGAGAGGGCCCAGAGCACCCUUCCCUCUGUAAGCAGCCCUCUGGAUGAGGUGUUCAGUCCUGGGCUAGUCACCGGCUUCUCGACACACUCCAAUAACGCAGCAAAAGACGACGAUAAAGUCAGUGGGUCGCCCACCUCCAGUCCUUCCUUCGCACAGUUCAACACAAGCAGCAGCAUCCUGAAGACCGGAUUUGACUUCUUGGACAAUUGGUAAUGCUUUAAUAUCCAGAAGAAACCUUUCCAAGGGACUCCACGAACACUACAGACCAACUUAUUUUAAUGCUUUAGAAGUUUAUUUAGGGUGCCUCUAUAUUUCUACAACUUUGUUAAAAACUUCAUCUGUUGAAUCACUCAACACUAGUUACUGAAUGUAUGAGCUCAUUCACACACAAACUCAACCCCCCAGACCCCUGGCCGUGGGUCCCACAGUGCUGUUCCGAACUGCAGCACAUGCCAAAUUCUUCGCAAAAUUUCCACCUAAAUCUGUUACUCUCAUAACCAGGGAACAGAGCUUCCAUUAUUGAAGGACAAAAUGGAGAACGUUUCUUUCACUUUAAUGUUGUUCCUUUGGUUUUACAACAAAACUGUUGAUUAAAUACACAUAAUAUAAUAAAUUGCUUUCAUAUCAAGCACGAACUGCAUGAGCUGAAAACCGGACCUACUUUUGAAAUGGACAUAAGUGUGGUUCCCGGCAGCUAAACCUCUAGUUUGAAUGCCACAUCGCUCUCACUGCCCUCCUCUUUUUCCUAUUGUUAUUUCGACCUUAAUACUAGUGUUAAGAUGCUUCACUUUACUUAUAUGGACCUAAAUGAGGAAUUGUAGCAUGGUUUUCAGGAAACAAUGUGCAACUUGGUUGUUUUGUAGACUUUAUAUGCACAAUAUUGUAAGCUCCUUGUGUAGUUUGCUGUACAUUUAGUAUUCAUAAGCAUUUUUAUCUUUCGAAAUGCUUUUCUACUGUACAACAGAGAGGACUUGAUAACUUAAAGCAAUACAACAUUAAAAUCCUUGAAGGAACAGUUCCCCCCCCCCAAAAAAAACCUGUGAUUUACCACCCCUGGGUUGUUCCAAAUUCCAAAUAUACAUUUCUUUGUUUUGAUGAACACAGAGAAAGAUAUUUGGAAGAAUUGGUACCAAACAGUUCUUGGCCACCAUUGUCUACCAUGGUAGGAAAACAUUGCUUUAUAAAUGUAUUAGUUCAUUUGAACACAAAAGAAGAUAUUUUGAAGAAUGUAGGAAAGCAACAGUUCUGGGGCUCUUUUGACUACUCUUGAAAUGUUUCCUGCUAUGAGGCUCAAUUGUGUCCAAGAACUGUUUGGUAACAAGCAUUCUUUCGAAUAUCCUUCUUUGUGUUCAUCGGAACAAAGAAAUCAAUACAGGAUGGAAGCAAACAAAGACAUUAGAGCUUUUAUUUGUGGGUGAACUGUCCCUUUAUGCCAGAAACAUACUCUAUACAAGUAUGCGAAUGCUUGGCCAGCGCAUAGCAAGUGUGGAUUAGCUAGCUAUAAACAUGUUUACUUUUACGAACUUUCUUGAAAUUGUUGUGUCGCCAAACUAUUGUUAUGACCUAAAGAAAAUACUAGAGCUGCACAUUAUUGUAGAGACGUAAUGCGUUAAUGCAAUAACUUACUAAAUUGUGCUAAACGCUAUACAAUAAUAUUUUGAGUUUAACAUUUUACUUGUAUUUUAAAUUAAAUUGUUUUAUCUUUCUGAGAAAAAAAAGCAACUCUACAACUUCUGAAAGCAAACAUCUAUGUUUUACUUUUGAAGUACAUUUAAUACAAACCAGACAAUAUAACGCACAUAUAAAUGUUUCCUUUCUCAUUUAUUUGAAGUAUUAGAGUUAUUCAGUCAUGGCAAACCAUUGCGGUAUUCAUAUCGUGAUGUGAUGUUUUGGCAUAUUUUGAUAACCUUGAUUAAUUGUCUGCAAUACCACUCUUUGUGCCACAUAAUUUAUUGGAUUCUGAUGGAUUACGCAACAACAUGUACAAUGGAACUUGCGUUGCUAAGUAGCUAGCGUUUGCGUUCAUGUACUUGUGUAGAGUUUGCACGUCAAGUAACUAGGUUGCAAGGGUAGAAAUACUUUUGAAGCUUUCUUUGCGAGAUGCUAAAUAUGUGGCCUGGAGCCAGACUUUAUGCAUUUUUAAAUCUGUAAUGUAAAAAAAUACAAUUAAAGAAAGACAUUAA